GGCUUUUACAGUCACAAAUGAACUGACGCAGACAGAAACACAUUCACUAGUGGGUUUGUGAGCUAUCGGCCCAUGAGAAGAUCUGCCAGAGGAAUUUUUUUGGCUCAAUCACCAUGGAAAACAAAUCAGACGUAAAAGCGAUUAUGGCUCGUUUCCAAACUGGAGGUGCAUCUAUGGAAGGGAGUCCAGGGGUUCGUUCAAAACCACCCCUCCAGCCCACCUUAUCUUCAGGCCCAUCAGUGCCUGCUAAGAAGCCAGUGCUUGAAACUAGCCUCUCUGGUGGAGUUACUACUACCUCAACUGCAUUAAAACCUAAUUUUUUAAAGAGCACAGUUAACACAGCAAAAAGUGCUCCAGAUGUGCAUGACCCACCAAAGCCUAAACCUCUUGUGAGUAGGUUUGAAAAUGCACACGAGAAUAAUAAAGUCAACUUUAAAGUUCCUGUCAAACCUAAACCUCCAGACUCAUCUCAGGACUCUGAGCCAAAGGUCCCCUUUCCAAAGGUACCACUACAGAAGCCUCCUCUAAGCAGCAUGGCAAAUGAUUCAAAGGGCAUAAGUUCAAAGCCACUGGCACCUACGGCAAAGCCUCCCUGGGUAAAAGAUACCACGAAAUCUGAAGACAGCAGUGUAAGCCCUAAUCCCACCCAUCCAAAAAUGCCAUCUGCCAUUAAACCAAAGAGCAGCAUUGCUAUGUUACGGCAGCAGCCAGAGGAAAGCAGUAAUGCAGAGUCUAGUGCAAGACCUUCAGCUGUAUCUAACGUGAAACCCUCAAGUUUCCGUUUUAAAAAUAGCAUCAACAAACCUGAAGAAGGUGUGAAAGAGGGUGCAAAAGUACCAAGUGCUAAUGAGUCAGUCCCAAAGCCAGUAGCCCCUCUAAAACCCAGCUUUCCAAAAAAAACUUCUGGACCCCCUGAACAGACAGUGAAUAAUGACCCUUCAGCCCCAAAGAAGAAACCUUUACCCAACAGUUAUGCCCUGGGCAGUGCUCCUGCAAAACCCAACAGACCACCCAAAGUCAACCUUGAGAAAUUCAAGAAGGGGACAGAGACUGCAACUGAGGGUCCUGGGCUGAAGAAUGUAGCUCCCCCUCCCCCACCAGCUUCUCAUCCCAGUAGCCAGGCAGCCCCACAAUUGCCCUCUCAGCCCUUCCUUCCCAUCCUGCCCCCGCGACCUUCAGGAUCUUUAAUUCAAGAUGAGAAUUACGAUGAUGUGGAGUCCGUAAGAGGGUCAUUUGGGGGCCAGAAAAAUGAGGGAAAUGAAAGUGAUGGUGAGAUAUAUGAGGAUCUUGAUGAUAGUAGGUCUGCUGCAGAGUCAACUCAACAACAGAAAAAGCAAGACAAAGAACAAGGAAUAAAAAACCAGAAAGACCGUGAGAAAAAAGAGAAGGAAGCCAUUAAGAAGUUUAAAUUAACGCCACCCCUGCAGGCCAUUCAUCAGGUCAAAGCUAAAGCUGACUGCAAGGGCGGGAAAUAUGACCUCUCUACAAAGAAGGGCGAGUUAAUAGAUAUCAUUAGACUCGCUGACAACCCAGAGGGUAAAUGGCUGGGCAGGACUCAAGAUGGAUCUAUUGGCUUGGUUAAAACAGAAAUGGUCCAGAUAGACUUUAGCGUGCUGAAGAAUCAAGGCAUGUCUCUUCCUCCUAAUCUGGGAAGUGAAGAGUUGUAUGAUGACGUGGGUUCUCAGGAAGAUCAUGGGAAUGGUCAGCGGGUUGUUUUACCUCCACUACCAGAUGAUGUGUAUGAUGAUAUUUCUGAUUCCAAUCCAAUCAGCACUGCAGAUCCCAGGUCCCUCUCAAAACCGCGCUACUUCUUGGAGAUGCUCAAAAGUUCAGUUGACAGGAGAAAAAGCCAAGUCCACAAUAAUGACAUUCCUCCCCCUCCACAGUUUACGUCUGAAGGAAAUAAAGACAUUUCUCCAGAUGGUGAAAUCUAUGAUGAUGUAGAUACGCUCCCUCCUGCUCCACCUGUUAGCAGCAUUCCUCAAAAUAAAUCAAAGGUGACCAAAGCCCAUGAUGACCCAAAAAAGCAAAAAAAGCUUGAGAAAGAAGAGAAGGACUUUAGAAAGAAGUUUAAGUAUGAUGGUGAGAUUCAAGUGCUUCAUCAAGCAACAAUUGCGACCAGUAAGAAGGGAGGUGGGAAAGACCUGGCUGUGCAGACUGGUGAGACAGUGGACGUCAUCAACAAAUCUGACCCUGAAAAAUUCAUCUGUAGGAACAAGGAGGGCAAAUUUGGAUAUGUCUCAGCUAGCAACAUUCAAACAGAUGAUGAGGUCUAUGAUGACAUUGGAGAUGAUGAUUGUAUCUAUGACAAUGACUGAAGAUCACCACAGCAUCUCAUCUCAACUUCUGGUGCAGCUCCUAACUUCUGGCCAUAUUUGUUUUCUUGAUGGUUGAUUUUGAAUGUGUUUAUUAUAUGGAUACAUGUGCAUUUGGAGUAUUAGACUAAAUGAAACAUUGUAGUAUCAUCAUGAUAUCAUUUGUAUUGAAAUUGUUCACAAGACUAGAUUCAAACGCUGCAUUUAUGGCUUUUAAUCCAUGCUACCAAAAGAGACUGUUUUUUUUUUUUUUUUUAAAGAUGCCCACUAAACACUCAAAAAUAUUUCAUCCAUUUCUUGAGAUUUACACAUUUCAAUUGUAUGAUAUUUCCAUCAAACUGCAGUGAGAAAUCUUUAAUCUUUAAUAAAUUAAGCAUACAUAUGAAGUAUUUAAGUUUAAUUAAAUAUUUCACAUUAUGCUCAAUUCAUAAUAUAUUAAUGGUCUAUUGAUAGACCAUUUAAUACAGCUGCUCUCAAGAAAUAUUCCAUAUUAAUUUUCUUAUUCUGUCAUGAUUUUGUCAUGAUUAGAAAAGCUGCAACUUAUUCCAAGGCACACAAAUAUUUCAUUACUGUCACUUUGAUGCUGAGUGAAUUUCAAUGCAGUAUUUUGUAACCAGCUUUUUUUUCUUUUCUUUUUUUUGUAAAUAUUACUCAGCAAAAGUUUGAACUGUUUUCAUCACUUGCUAAUAAAAUUUGCUUUACGUAAAA